AUGCAGGAUGGAACGCUGGAUCCCCAGUUUGUGAUCACCCACACCCCGCCUCUGAAAGAGGCGGCCGAGGCGUAUCGCAUGUUCAACGACAAGCAAACCAUCAAGGUGGUGAUGAAGCCGGGGCGCUCCGAGGAAGGCGCCGGUGCCACGGUGGCAAAGGAGGAGUGA